AUUUUCCCCCAAAAUAAGAAAUCUAGGGUUUUGCAAAAUAAUCAGAAAUGGCGCCGUUGUGCUGGAGACACCAUACCUUAAUUCAAGCUCUAUUAUCUCGCGGCCCACUUAAAGAUCAAGACUUUCACUCCAUCUUCUCUGACGUCACUGGCAAAUCUUUUGAUUCUAAUCAGAAGUUAUUCAACGAUUAUCUGCGAAAGAUAAACAUGGAGCUGUCUUAUGUUCAGCUUGAGUUACGGGCUUGCAGAAACCAGUACGAUGGCUGUGUGUAUUAUGGAGUGAUCAACACUGUUGCAGACGAGCAGUCCAAGCUUGGAACUAAAUACAGCGUACCUCAGAUUGCUUUCUAUAAGGCCAUUAUUGAAGCUAUAGUCCAAGAUGCCACUGCUCAGGGUACUAUGUGUAACAUUGAAGCCCUCAAUAUCCGGCUUGAAAACCAGGGAGCUUCUUCAUCUCAAGCCCCACCAGCAUUCAAGAAUUUCUCGAUGUCUCAGAAGGAGAAAACUAUUAAAGAAUUGGUUCAGGACCAGUGGUUGUGUGAUACCCCAGAUGCUAGAAUUGGACUUGGUGUUAGAUCAUUUUUGGAUCUCCGGAGCUGGUUUCAUAGCAAUGAAGUUCCACCAUGUGAUGUCUGCAACGAAGCUGGAAUAAAGGCAGAUAUGUGCCGAAAUGAAAGUUGUACUGUUCGAAUUCACAAGUAUUGUCUUAAGGCGAAAUUUUCUCAAGCAAGGACUGAAAAGGUUUGCCCAGGUUGUGGCACACAAUGGCCUUACGUGGCAGCCAAAGCUGAAGCUGUUGAGGAAGAUGAUACGGAUGAUCAUCAGCCACCUCCUGAAUCCUUGAGGCGAAAGAGGCCAAGAGGUUCCAGACAAGUUCCAGAGGAUGAGUCAAAUGGUCCGUCUCAGGUUCAACCAUCUUCUGGUCCCUCAAGGAGAAGGCUCAGAAGACUUGGAAAUGAUGAAGAUGAGGAGUUGAUUGGUCCAUCUCAAGGUCAACCGUCAACACAAACCUUACGUAGAGCAAAGGUUGAAAAAUUUACAGAUGCUGAGGUUGAUAAUGCUGGUGCGGGUCCUUCAACUAGGAGAACAACCAGAACUUCUACUCGGUUACACCGUUGAUAAAAUUGUAAGUGAAAAAUAUUAGUUUUUGUAGUAGCGAACUAGUGAUUAAGCCAGUCAUUGACCAGGAAUGGGUUAUUUUUGUAUAUUCUGCGGGCUAUCAUUUCGACCCAUCAAAACUAGGACGAUUUAGUUUUGAGAGGUUUGUUAAAAGUCUUGGUAUUUGCUUGAAUGGUGGUUGUAGGUAGUUGAAAGCCUUCCAUAUGAAUAUUUUGUUAGGCACCAGAUCUGUAACAUGUAUUCGUAUUUGUUUUGGUAUGGUUCAUAAAUAGAUCAUCAUUUUGAACA